UGUUGUGGGGUCCUUCGCUGAAGCCGCGCGCCAGUCGCGCUCUCGCCUCCGACCAUUUUGAAUAAUUGUUUUUUUUUUAAACCUGUUUAUAAAAAACAGCGAUGAAUCUGGAAUUGCUCGAGUCGUUCGGGCAGAACUACCCCGAGGAAGCGGACGGGACGCUGGACUGCAUCAGCAUGGCUCUGACCUGCACCUUUAACCGCUGGGGGACGCUGCUCGCUGUCGGCUGUAACGACGGACGCAUCGUCAUCUGGGACUUUCUCACACGCGGCAUCGCCAAGAUCAUCAGCGCACACAUCCACCCCGUCUGCUCGCUCUGCUGGAGUCGAGAUGGACACAAGCUCGUCAGUGCGUCCACAGAUAACAUCGUGUCUCAGUGGGACGUCCUGACCGGGGACUGUGAUCAGCGGUUCCGCUUCCCCUCCCCCAUCCUCAAACUGCAGUACCACCCCAGAGACGCAGAUAAGGUGCUGGUGUGUCCAAUGAAGUCGGCUCCGGUGCUCCUCACGCUUUCAGACUCCAAACACGUGGUCCUGCCGGUGGACGACGACUCGGACCUGAACGUGGUGGCAUCGUUCGACAGGAGGGGAGAGUUUAUUUACACAGGAAACGCCAAGGGCAAGAUUUUGGUGUUGAACACGAACACUCAGGACCUGGUGGCGUCGUUCAGAGUGACCACAGGAACCAGCAACUCCACCGCCAUCAAAUCCAUCGAGUUCGCACGCAAGGGCAGCUGUUUCCUGAUUAACACAGCAGAUCGCAUUAUCAGAGUGUAUGAUGGCAGAGAGAUUCUCACCUGCGGGAGAGACGGAGAACCAGAACCCAUGCAGAAACUACAGGACCUGGUCAACAGGACUCCGUGGAAGCGGUGUUGUUUCUCGGGCGAUGGUGAGUACAUCGUGGCAGGCUCGGCUCGUCAGCACGCUCUCUACAUCUGGGAGAAAAGCAUCGGGAACCUGGUGAAGAUUCUCCACGGCACCCGGGGAGAGCUGCUGCUGGAUGUAGCGUGGCAUCCUGUACGACCGAUCAUCGCCUCCAUCUCCAGUGGUGUCGUCUCCAUCUGGGCCCAGAACCAAGUGGUGGGUGAAAAAGCUCAGUAGUGUGUGUGUGCAGGUGUUCAGUCAGGUGUGUGUGUGCAGGUGUUCAGUCAGGUGUGUGUGUGC